CCCUCCCUCCCGCCAGCUCCACUUCCGGUGGGGUCGGAGCCAAGAGAGGGCGAAGCAGCGGCCGCUUCAGCGGAGAAAGGAGGAGAAGCAGCGCCAGGAGGGCCCCCCCCCGAAGUGCCAGCGCAGCAAACCCCAGAAACCAAGAUGUCAGAUUCAAAGUACUUCACCACCACUAAGAAAGGGGAGAUAUUUGAACUGAAGGCGGAGCUCAACAGUGACAAGAAAGAGAAGAAGAAAGAGGCCGUGAAGAAGGUGAUUGCCUCCAUGACUGUGGGCAAGGACGUCAGUGCGCUCUUCCCGGAUGUGGUUGCGAACGCCGUCGCCGCCCUCUCGGAAAUCGCCGAAUCUCACCCCAGCAGCAACUUGCUCGAUCUGAACCCGCAGUCGAUCAACAAGCUGCUGACGGCCCUGAACGAGUGCACAGAGUGGGGACAGAUCUUCAUUCUGGACUGCCUGGCCAACUACAUGCCCAAGGACGACCGGGAAGCCCAGAGCAUCUGUGAGCGGGUGACCCCUCGGCUUUCUCACGCCAACUCUGCUGUAGUCCUUUCGGCCGUGAAGGUGUUGAUGAAGUUCAUGGAGAUGCUUUCCAAGGAGUUGGAUUAUUACGGCACUUUGCUGAAGAAACUGGCCCCGCCGCUGGUCACCCUCUUGUCUGCAGAGCCUGAGUUGCAAUACGUGGCCCUCCGAAACAUCAACCUCAUUGUGCAGAAAAGGCCCGAAAUCCUCAAGCAUGAGAUGAAAGUCUUCUUUGUCAAGUACAAUGACCCGAUCUACGUCAAGCUGGAGAAGCUAGACAUCAUGAUCCGCCUGGCCUCCCAAGCCAACAUUGCGCAGGUGCUUGCAGAGUUAAAGGAAUAUGCAACCGAAGUGGAUGUUGACUUCGUUCGGAAGGCGGUCCGAGCCAUCGGACGGUGUGCCAUUAAGGUGGAGCAAUCCGCAGAGCGCUGCGUGAGCACUCUGCUCGACCUCAUCCAGACCAAGGUCAACUACGUGGUGCAGGAAGCCAUUGUUGUCAUCAAGGACAUUUUCCGCAAAUACCCCAACAAGUACGAGAGCGUGAUCGCCACCUUGUGUGAGAACCUGGAUUCCCUCGAUGAGCCCGAGGCCAGGGCGGCCAUGAUCUGGAUCGUGGGAGAAUACGCAGAGCGGAUCGACAACGCGGACGAGCUGCUGGAGAGCUUCCUGGAAGGGUUCCACGAUGAAAGCACCCAGGUGCAGCUGCAGCUCCUGACGGCCAUCGUGAAGCUCUUCUUGAAGAAACCCACCGAGACCCAGGAGCUGGUGCAACAAGUCCUUAGCUUGGCUACUCAGGAUUCGGACAAUCCGGAUUUGAGGGACCGCGGCUACAUCUACUGGCGCCUGCUCUCCACCGACCCCGUGGCCGCCAAGGAGGUGGUCCUGGCAGAGAAGCGUGGAAGGCCAGGUGUCAACCUGUCCGGCCUGCAAAAGUCUCUGCAUGCGGCUGGCUCUUCUCUCCACCUUCUUGCCCGCUUCUGCUCGGAGAUGGGGGACGAAUCCGAAGGGAUGGGAGGCCCCAGCUUCACGGCCCCCAGCGCCGUCAUGCCCUCCAACUUGGGGGCGCCCCUCGGAGGAGGAGGAGGAGGCGGCUUGGGAGACCUUUUCGACCUCGCGGGCGGUGUGGGCAGCUUGUCCGGAUCCUACGUGGCUCCCAAAACGGUCUGGCUCCCCGCCGUGAAGGCCAAAGGCCUGGAGAUUUCGGGAACGUUCAGCCGGCAGGUGGGCUCUCUGUCCAUGGACCUCACGCUCUCUAACAAGGCUCUGCAGGUCAUGUCCGACUUUGCGAUCCAGUUCAACCGGAACAGCUUUGGCUUGGCUCCUGCUGCGCCCCUGCAGGUCCAUGCUCCUCUUGCGCCGAACCAGAGCGUGGAGCUCUCCCUUCCCCUGAACACGGUGGGCUCGGUCAUGAAGAUGGACCCCCUCAAUAACCUCCAGGUGGCUGUGAAAAACAACAUUGACGUGUUCUACUUCAGCACCCUUUACCCGCUCCACAUUCUUUUUGUAGAAGAUGGGAAAAUGGAACGACAGAUGUUCCUGGCCACGUGGAAGGACAUUCCCAACGAGAACGAAGCCCAGUUCCAGGUGAAGGACUGCCCUCUUAGUGCAGACGCUGUUAGCAGCAAGCUCCAAGGCAGCAAUAUUUUCACCAUUGCAAAGAGAAACGUGGAAGGCCAAGACAUGCUCUACCAGUCGCUCAAGCUGACCAACGGCAUCUGGGUCUUGGCCGAGCUACGAAUCCAGCCAGGAAAUCCCAACUUCACGCUUUCUCUGAAGUGCCGUGCUCCCGAAGUCGCUCAGCAUGUUUUCCAAGCCUACGAGACCAUCGUGAAGAACUGAAGCCCACCGGGCACUUCCGGCCGCCCUCCUUCCCUCUCUCCUUCCCAUCCCAGAAGGUUGUGGUGGUGGGGCGGUGAUUUUUAAGGGCACCCUUCCUCUCCCCCAUAAGCAGGCCUCCUUCUCUUCGUCAGUGGAAGGAAUCGACACAGCAGAGAUACGGGAUGACCUUUGAACUGCCGCCAUUCUGGAAGUGACCCGGGCGCCUGGAAAACUAGGGGUGUGUGUGUAUGUUUAGCUGGGUUUCAUUCGACAGCUUCAGAGAACAGAGGGGUCAGAAAGGAAAGCCAGAGAGGAACGGGAGAUCUUGCUGCGUUGUCUGUGCGUGUGUGUAAAGUCCUGCCAUCUCCCUCUGCUGAUGUGGCCCUCUUCUCCACAGCCCCGUGCUUAUCUUCUUCUUUUCUUGCCCUGUGUAUAAUGUACAAACGUUGACAGGUGGUAGGUGCAUCUGCCCACGGGUGGUUGCGCACUCGCCGGGCAUCAUGCUGCAGCCGCACAGGACGCGCCAUGCAUCUUUUAGCCCUCGUCUUGCUAAAAGCCUCUCUAGCCUCCCAACCAAAUAAAACAAUCCAUGCUCUUCAAGUGCUAAAA